AUGAACGUGAAUCCGUUUCAUAAAGAACAACAACCAAAGCUGGAUGAGGACUCAAUCGGGGAAAAACUGGCAAGUUUGCACAAUGAGAUGGCUUCACUGCGAAUGGAAUGCGAUCGACUCAUUAACAAACAUCUGUUAGUCGAAAAAACGUUAAGUGAGGGAUGUAUACUCUGUCCGAAUCCGGAUACAUCCAGCGCAUACAAUACAGGAGGCGAAAGUUGUCGAUCAACCUCGAUAACACCAGAUGGAACCAGUAAUGUCCCACAACCACAACUCGUAUCACCUGAAGAUGUCAAUGUAGCAGCGCCGAGAUUACUUCAUAGGUCGAAAAAUAUGGCCAUGUCUCCACCGACAUCUCGUGAAGAGACCAUCAUCGGAACUACGACCGUUUUCCCAGUGAAAAAUGUGUUAAAUACAGUGGAAUUUCCACGUCGCCUGCAAACUCCUGGAUAUUCGGAUGAUAUUCCUUCUUCAUCGGUGGAAUCCUCCAAAUCGUCAUGUCGACGUUUUCAACCGUUGCAAAUAGUUCCAAGAGACAUAAGUGCAGAGUGCGCGAAGCGAUUCAGGGUACCUUCGCUGUCGAUUGUUAUAAAAGACCCGAACAAGCAAAAGAAGAGUGAGACGGUGGUAAAACCAGUUGUCCCGAUGCCAAAGUUUUUCCGCAGUGUAAAAGCGAAAAAUAAACUGUACAUGUUUGACAAACCUGUGGAGGAAAUAACCGAGGGCAGUGACGAUCACGAUGUAGCUGGACCAUCAGGAAGCGUACCAGAACAACAAUCACAAACAAAUGAAACGAUUAUAUAUAAAUGGAAGGUGAAAAGACGUUGCGACGGUAGUCGGUACGUGGUGAAACGACCGGUACGAAAUCAAAUUCUGAAGAAACGAGCAGCUCAACUAAUUCGAGAACGAACCGGGAUCAGUACAGAUGAUGAUGCUAUGAGUGAACUGAAGCUUGGUCACUUUCACACUCGCGAAGAGCGGAAGAAGCAUCUGGAGGAGGAACGCAAGAGAAAAAUAAGAAAUCAACAAAAACUAAUCGAGUCUAAGAUCUCCCCAUCUGAUCAAAUGAUUGUGCAACUGUCACAACGGAAAAUGCAGCGACGUAAGGAAAAAAUGUUGCUCGACGGAUUUGUCACUACUCAAGAAGUACUAAGUCAACGAAACCCUGACACAACGGCUAAACACGGAAUCCUUUCCGUAACCACCGUAUAG